AUGAAUAAUUUUGAAAAAUUGAACUUGAGAUUUCCAGAAUUUGAAAAUCUCAAAAUCUCAGAAUCUCAGAAUUUCAGAAUCUCGGAAUCUCAGAAUCUCAUAAUCCCAGAAUCUCAGAAUCUCAGAAUCUCAGAAUCUCAGAAUCUCAAAAUCUCAGAACCUCAGAACCUCAGAAACUCAGAAUCUCAGAAUCUCAGAAUCUCAGAAUCUCAGAAUCUCAGAAUCUCAGAAUCUCAAUAUCUCAGAAUCUCAGAAUUUCAGAAUCCCAGGAUCUAA